AUGGAGAGGCGCCCCGUCACUGGUUCUCACUGUAUGAUACGGUGGUGCAUGCCUAACACAUCAGCAUAUGAUACGGUGGCGUCGUUGCCAAGCUGUAGUUUAGUGUCCCCGUCACCCUCGCCGACCUCGCUGCCUCGUUUCUCAAAGCAAUUGAGCAUUCAUGUACAUGGAAACAAUAAACGAGAAAAGCUGCAGCAGAAGCACAUCAGUUCACUACGCGAUCCUUUCCUUGGGCGUUCACUCCACUCGAGUCGCUCUCCCAGCCUCCCGUCCCCAAAUCGCCCGCCUUCCCAAACCCUAGCCACCGACGCGCCCCCGCCGCCACCACCGCCACCGGAUCCGGAGGUUCUGAUCGACGAGCUUGUGGAAGAGUUCCUUCUCCGCCUGCCACCGGAGGACCCCGCGCUCCUCGCUCGCGCGGCCCUCGUCAGCAGGCAGUGGUACCGCGUCGUCACCGGCCCCUCCUUCCGCCGUAGAUUCCGUGAGUUGUACCGCUCGACACCAUUGCUGGGCUACGUCCUCAAUCUCGCCGACUCCAUCCGCUUCGUCCCUCUGUCAUCAUUUCGCCCGCCCCGUACACGCCGCCGCGGUGUGCGAGCGGUCAGCUCAAGCCAUGGUCGCGUCCUCCUCCAUCGUUUAUCCGGGGAGGAUCUGGUUGCCCCUGGUUUCCCCGUGAAGGAUGUGGAUGUCCUCCUCUCCGUGUGGCAUCCCAUCACGGACGAGCAGCAGGACCUGCCCGUGGUGCCACUGCGGCCGACCCGAUACCCGAACACGGCUAACUGGGACGCGGCCGUCAUCUGCUCUGGAGGCGACGGCUGCGACCAUCUCCACUGCCAUUUCAAGGUAGUCUUCGUGGGAAAUUGUGAAGACAGGAAUUUCUCUUGUUUCUACUCAUCCGAGGCUGGACCUGGUGUCCCACCCGACAUCAUGGAACAUAGCUCUAGGCUUGUUGCUGCAGAGGAUGGUAGCCUAGGAUUUGCCAGGGCAAGCAAUUCCACACUUGGCCUGUGGCUAAGGGAGAAUGCAGCUGAUGCCCUGCCUGAUCCGGUACUAGAACCAUCUGAAGCCAUCCUAGCCAAACCUUUGGUGAUCGCCUUUGCAGAUACUGGAGCUGGUGUCAUUUUCUUAUGGACACGUGCUGGGUAUUUCACCAUCGAUCUGAAGUCUGGGAGUUGCAAAAAGGUUGGGGAGGUCUCCUCGGCACCGGGAGCAGUCUCCACAGAUGAUAGACCAGAAACUGGUGUUGCCAUUUCUACAUAUGAGGUGCCAGUAGCUGAUAUUGCGGUCUCUACAGACAAGGGACCUGGAGCUGGUGUUGCGGUCUCUGCAAAUGAGGGGCCUGGAGCUGCUGGCAUGUGUCAAAUGCCUAAGAAGCCCAAAUUACAAGUGCAAGGGCCUCUAAAUCAAGAGGGAAAUUAA